AUGGUGUACAAUUCGUUGAUUGACGCUCCUCGCAACCUCAAGGAGGGCAUUGACUGGUUGAUAGCCCUGAAGGGGACCAAUGCGGCAAAGAGCUUGACGGCUAUGGGUGCUGCAAUUCACAAAUUCCUCGCAGACAAGCCUGCUGGCUUUACGGAGGUGCCAGCCCUCGAGAAAAUAAAAAGCAUUUCGAAGAAGUUCCUGGAGCAAGACGGGAUGAAGUACGAGUGGUGCGUAGAGAGGCUGCUGGGGAGAUUCAAAGAGCCUAUGAAAAAACAACCCAGCUUAUUCGAUAAGUGGUUUGGAAUUAUAGCCGAAAGCGAUUAUGAGAAUGUCGUACAAAAACAUGGUGUAGACACUGGAGCCAUGACAGCGAACCUAACGCAAGUUGUGGACAAUUGUGAGAAAUUCUUAGGUGGAAUCAAAGACGCUGACCAGUACAAGUCUGCCUACAGUUCGGAAGCGACGUGGGAAGCCUCAUGCGCGAAAAACCCGGAGGCUUGCGCAGUGGUCCUUGUGGGAGUUGCGCCAAUAUUGUACACAGGCCUACGUAGUUUGUGGGCUGCAACCGAGUCGGCAACCAAGAGAUGGCCACCAUACUACGCGAAGCAGCGCUUAGCAAAUAUAUUGCAAGCUUCGGGUUACGUAGAGCCGGAAUUCUACGGUAGCGUAAGUGGUUCAGAUCUCCUCAACGUGUUUAAAGGUAUGGAUGUGGAAAUAUUUACCACUCUCUAUGACUUCGCCGGAUAUUGGGCUUUCUACGGAGAGAGAUCUGCAGGAGCUGUGGGGCCUGCAAAAUCUGCGGCACCUGAACAACCUGCAGCAGCUGAACAGUCUUCAGGAGCUGACGAACCUGAAGGUGGAGCUGCAGAAGGUGACGAAUCUGAAGAAGGCGAAGAGUCUGAAGAAGCAGAUGAACAGUAA